UCUUAUAGGCUUAAAAUGUAUUUGGGACAUGCACUAUAUAAUGUCUUCUCAGAGGACUUAGGGUUUACAGCUUUAAGCGAUGGCUCCGAAGAAAGGUGUAAAGCUUCCGGCAAAGAAGAAGGCGGAGAAGGUGGUGAACCCGCUGUUCGAGAAGCGGCCAAAGCAAUUUGGAAUCGGAGGUGCAUUGCCGCCGAAGAAGGAUCUUACCAGGUUCGUCAAAUGGCCGCAAGUUGUUCGCAUCCAGAGGAAGAGGAGGAUCCUCAAGCAACGCUUGAAGGUCCCACCAGCACUCAACCAGUUCUCCAAGACCCUUGAUAAGAACCUAGCAACGAAUCUCUUCAAGAUGCUUCUCAAGUACAGGCCUGAGGAUAAGGCUGCUAAGAAGGAACGUCUUUUGAAAAGGGCCCAGGCUGAAAGUGAGGGAAAGACACCUGAACUCAAGAAACCUAUUGUUGUUAAGUAUGGACUCAAACAUGUCACUUAUCUCAUUGAGCAGAAUAAAGCCCAAUUGGUGGUUAUUGCUCAUGAUGUAGAUCCAAUUGAGUUGGUUGUUUGGCUUCCAGCUUUGUGCAGGAAGAUGGAAAUUCCCUACUGCAUUGUGAAGGGAAAAGCAAGAUUGGGUUCCAUUGUCCACAAGAAGACUGCAUCAGUUUUGUGCUUGACCUCAGUGAAGAAUGAGGAUAAGUUGGAGUUCUCUAAGAUUUUGGAGGCUAUUAAGGCCAACUUCAAUGACAAAUAUGAAGAGAACCGCAAAAAGUGGGGAGGUGGAAUCAUGGGUUCUAAAUCCCAAGCUAGGACAAAGGCCAAGGAAAGGGUUCUUCAAAAGGAGGCAGCUCAGAGGAUGUCUUAAGAUUUUAUGAUGAUAUUUGCUGUUAUCCAGGUUUUUCGGACAGAUCAAAGUAGACUAAACUAGUGUUGCGAGGAGAGUUUAUUUAUGAAAUCUAUUGCUUUUGACAAAAACUUAAUGUGCCAUUUCUCGUAUUACUGCAUACAAUCAUCUUACCCUGAUAUUCGUUGCCAUUCA